CAUGUACACCUAGUAUAUAACAAGAGGGAGACAGGCUACAGAUUCACGGGAAGGUUUCGUCCUCGUUUCGUUUCUUGCAGCAGGAAGCCAAAGUGUAUUUCCCGAGCUUUGAUGUGAGCUAGCUGAUUUUGCUAGAGCUACAACAUGGCCGGUAGUAGCGAGCAGCAGCUGGUCGCCAACGCGGCGGCGACGACGGUGGCCGGGAACGGGAGCAGGUUCGCGGUGACGUGUGGCUUGCUCAGGCAGUACAUGAAGGAGCACAGUGGAAGCAACGGCGGCGGUGGCUUCUUGCCGGCGGUGACGGCCAUGAGCCUCAUGACCGGCGGCGCUGAUGCGGAGGAGGAGGCGCCGGAGGUGAGGAAGACCAUGGAGCUCUUCCCUCAGCAGGCUGGGACGCUGAAAGACACGCAAGAAAGGAAGGAGAUCACCGAGAAGGCGCAGCUGACCAUCUUCUACGGCGGGAGCGUGGUGGUGUUCGACGAUUUCCCCGCCGAGAAGGCCGGCGAGCUGAUGAAACUCGCCGGCUCCCGCGACAGCACGGCGGCGGCGGCCGUCUCAGACGCCGGCGCCGCAGCGGGGCAGCCUUGCCUACCAGACAUGCCCAUCGCGAGGAAGGUGUCGCUGCAGAGGUUCCUGGAGAAGAGGAAGAACAGGAUCGUCGUGGCGGAGCCACUGCCGGAGUCGGAGAAGAAGGAGGCGGAGUCGAGCAAGCGUGCCAAGAAAGACGAUGGCGGCGCGUCGUGGCUCCAGGUGAACCCCACUCUCAGCCUGUGAGCCGAAGAAACUGAAGAUAGCUGGAUCAAACAAGGAAAAAUUAAUUACUACUACUAGUAGUACUGUAUUGAUUUACCAUUUGAUUUCCACGUGUCUGUGGAAAGUGUGGAACCGUGUAUUAUUGAUCGUUUUUCCCCAUUUCUUACUAUUUUGCAACAGUUGUUGGUUUCUUCCGGGGGAAUUAGUAGCUAGGUAGCAGCUAUGAUUGGUUAAAUUAAUCUGUCAGCUUAUCUGUUUGUUUGAGAAUUCUUUGAUUAUUUGAAGAAUUCUUUCAUGCAUGCUGAUCUUAUAUGUAAGGAUCCAUGCACACGGAUUGAUGCCUGUCGGACCUAUGGCUUGUAAAUCCAAAUAAAAUGGUCAACAAAUGGUAUUAUCCUCUUCUGAUGGUUCAUGUUCU